CGUAUCUGGAUCACAGUUGGAUCUAGCAUUAGAUGGUAGCAGAGCCGACAGCGGUUCUCUGAUUUGAUUUGAUUUGUGUCAGGCAAAGUUGGCCUGUUAUUUGAUGCGAUUUCCGACCAGUAAAGCACAGGUCCUUCGAAAAGCAAAGCGCACACCACAAGCGGUGAACGGCCUCAUCUGACGUGGAUUUUCCAGCUUUGGUUUUCGGUACAGUGUCUUCAGCGAAGACCUGUGCUGUUCCACUGCUGUGCAAGAGUGCAAGAGUUCAGUCGUCAGCGUUCCUCGGUGUAGAGUCUUCAGCGAAGACCUACACUGGUGUCGCUGAUACUCGGCAAGGAUUCAGCGAAUCCUAAGCCGUGGGCCACAAGCGGCGAAGCGCUAAAAGGGGCGCACGGGAAAAGACAGAUCAGACUCCUCCCAAACUGGAGUAGAGCACCACUACUGUUGCUACGGCAGUCAGCCGGCACAGUAGCAUUUGAAAAGCGGGCGGCACAACCGCUACGGAAAAGCGGCAGCGCGGGAACGGACGGUGGAGAAGAAUUGGAUCAUCUGGAUCACUUUCCCGUGGAACGGACGGUUAACAGAUUGAAGCGGAAAAAUGGCACAGAAAGGUCAAGCCACUCCUAAACGUACGGGAACGGCGGCAGACAUCGAUCAGUUUACGGGCUAUAAUCCGAAAUGUCCGGACUGUUUGCGGAACAACAAAAAGGUUGAUAAAAAAUUCCCUUGCUACACUUGUAUUCACAAGCUGGAAGACCCGCAUGCCGUCACCCUUGUCGGGAUCAUGGAAGCGAAACGUGGGAACUUGGACGUUUUUCGAAAUCUCAUAAGCGCAAGAAAUUACGGCAGCAUCCCAGUGGAAGAGCGAAUGCUACUCGAGGAUCGCUACCGGGAAGCGAUCCGGAACAACGAACCUGGUUGGGAUGACACCUUGGAGCCGUUGAAGUGUCCACAGACAGACGCGUAUCGGAAGAAAUUUGAAGAAGACCAAGCGAAGAUGCGAGCUCAGCAAAUGGAAGACGAAAUCCGCGCGAAAAUUAAUGCGGAAAAUAAGAGAGCAAGUGAACAGGCUGCACGAGAGGGGCUGCCCAGCACAUCGAGUUUAGUUGCACCUACGGGCAUGGCCAGCCUUAACGAAGACGAAAUGCAACUUGUACGACAAUCACUUAUCAUACAAAUUGAAACGAUAACGAAAGAUCCAGCUGCCAUGUCAGACGAGGUAUUCAAAAUGCUGUUGCGGGAGAAGAAACGACUUCAAGACGGGUUCGCGCCGGCACCCUACAUAAAGAAGGAAGUCGAAAGACGUAUGGAUGACCUACGUAAAUCUCGCCGAACCGAAAGCGAUGUGCUGCAGGCAUUCAGGAAUUUUAAACGGGACGAAGGUUUUAUACGACCACGUUCGCCCCCGCAUAGAGAAAGGUCACGCGGACAUUCACGAGAAUAUGAGCGAACUUCUGAACGACAGAGGGAAAGGUCACGCGAACACUCUCGUGAGAGGACACGUGACUACCGCAACGAAAGGUCACGCGAACGUUCUCAUGAUAGAGAUUACCGUGGCGGAAGAGGAUGGGUGCGCCAUGGAGACGAAGUUACGGAAAUGAGUAUUCAAAAACGGCGUGCGGAGACGUUCCGUGCAGAGCCUGAAAAACAAGGGCAUCAGGUGCCGAUGGGAGUUGCAUUCCGGAACCGCAAUGUCAGGAUGUCAACACCCGAAAGGUCAUGGGAUAAAAGACGUGAACAUACGCGAAAUCGAACGCCUGACCCACAGGAUAAGAGAUGGCAACAGAGAGCCGCAUUUUAUGCGACCUUUGACUCGGGCGCAAGUAAAAGGUCAUCAAGCACUGAACGGGAAGAUUCACCUCCAAAGUAUCAGCGGGUAGAGUCAAUGGUUCACGUCGUGGAUCCAAUUGUGAGUGUCGUACAAGAAGACGAUGCGAUGGAAGGAACCAGCUCGAUUGCGGAAACGUCUCAAGAGAACGUGACGUAUCGACGAAAUGUAAUUCUGGAUAGUGACCUCCAACCGGAACAACCGGCGAGUAACGAACCGUCGCAGCCUGAGUCAGGAGAACAACGUGAACUGGAAGGUCAACGAGAACCGGAUAAUCAUCGCCAGGCUGAUCAGCGACAGAACUCCAGAUUUGACAACCGACGUCCUGAAAGUAUUGAUAUGGAAUACAACACGACUGAUAUCGAUGAGCAAAUGGUCGAAAUUUGCCGAUACUUUGGUAUUGAAUCGGAUUCGGUCGAAGCUAACAAGAUCCUCACAAUUCUGAGACAGUUGAGCCAAUUCCUACUCGACUCAGGUUAUGCGAGAGAGAUUAAACAGGGAGUGGAACAAGGAACUUUUCGUCGAUUAUUCAUCCACCGCGAUUCAGUACGGGACUGUUAUCUCCCUAUCCGACGGAAUGGGCUACACAGUUUGGUGGAUUUAAGUUUAUUGGAUGUACCGCUGGACACAACUGACCCAAUCGGGAUGACACAGUUCUAUUACAGAGACUAUCCCGAACGCCAAGAAUACGUGGCUCAGUUUGUUUUACGACAUGUGAAUCCAGCCUUCAAGUUGCUUGCAGCAAGGGCAUCGAUAGGACUACAGGUGGAUCCUAAGGACUAUGCCGCAAAAAGGAUGGGGCAAAAGGUCUUUGCUGCGAGACUGGCACAUUACAAGACACAGAAUCAAUUAGUGUCUAAUACCAUGAAGGACGACAUUCCACCGUUCUUCCGAGCUCAUGUCGCCAAGUUGGGACAACCGAUGGAACAUAUCAGCAUAGCGCAUACGGCUCGGAAGGCGCUGAAGAAAUGA